AUGGAUGUGGAUGAGUCCUCCAAGUCCCGGAUGUCCCUUGAUCCAUUAGAUGAUAUAUAUCUUGGGCCGGAUGAUGAGUUAGACUCUGAUUCUGGGUCGUCCGGUGGUUUGGAUCUGUUGAAUGCGAUUCCCGAUCCAUCAUAUCCGGCGCUGGCAGAUGGACUGGCCCUGUAUGAUGACCCAGACUUGUAUCUUGGUCUGGAGAAUACCUUGAUUUUGUCUGAUGAUGCUCCGGCUGUACCCGAUUUUCCUAUGGCUGUGAAUGAAUCAACUCCCGAACCUCAUCCGGUUACUCUGGCUGAACCAGAGGCACCCAUACCUUCUAAUUCAGAAACUCCCGAACGUCAAUCGCCCGAGCCGGAACUCAACAAUGAAGCACUGCAUGCCAUGGUUCAGGAGUUCAUGCCAAUCGGAUCUUAUGAUCAAGCUGAAAAUCGCCUGGGUGAUUACCAACAGCGUCAUGGAAAUCUUCCUGCCCCUACAGUAGCACAACUUCUUGAGGCUGACAGACCAUUCAGGAUGGCAUGGGCUGAAACAUGUGACAAACUGUGGAAAGCAGAUGCGGACCUCCGGAGGAUGCAAAGGGUAAGGGAGUCAACCUCCGAAAUGCUGAAGGUAUUAGAUACCCUCAUUGAGUUCUUUGAGGACUCAAUACUCGCUGCCCGGUUGUCUGUGCUCGGUACUUGGUACUCGGUGCUCAGUACUCGGUGCUCGGUGCUCGGUGCUUGGUGCUUGGGGUUUGGUGCAGUAUACUUUACCUGCUCAGUACUUAGUACUUGGUACUUGUAUACUCCACCUACUCAGUCCUCGCUGCCCGGUUGUCUGUGCUCGGUACUCGGUACUUGGUACUUGGUACUCGGUGCUCGGUGCUCGGUGCUCGGUGCUCGGUGCUCAGGGUUCGGGGUUUGGUACUUGGGGUUUGGUACUCGGGCCUUGGUACUCGAGAUUUGGGAUUUGGGAUUUAAGAUUAGGUG